AACAACCAGAGAAGAAUUGCCAACAUUAUUGAGUAUCUCACCUAUGAGGUAUGGGCUUACAUGAUCCGUUCACUCUACAACCAAGACAGACAACUCUUCAGCAUUCUUUUAGCUAUAAAAAUUGACAUGGCGAAGGGCAUCAUUCGUAACUUGGAGUUCCAGGUCUUCAUCAAAGGUAAACUGUUGCAUUAUAAUAAGAAUAUGUUGAACCUAAAGGACCUUGAAUAUUUCUAUGUUAAUCCUGAUUGUGUUCCAUGUGUAAAACAGGGGGUUUGAGUCAUUUACUCCCUGUCAAUUAAAAAAAAAUUGAUAACUCAUCAAAAUCAAUUAUUUUCUCUUUUUUUUUUUCAAAAAUUAAUCUCUGAGUUAGGGAAAGUUUGAGGCCCAUUUCUUUGAAUUUGCUGAAAAUUUAAAUUUAAAAAAAUAUAGACUCUAUAUAUUUUAAGAAAAAAAUUUUUGUAGACAAUUUUGAUUGAGUCACAUGUAAUAUUUUCUAAAUCUUAAAUAUUGAUGAUGAUUCAGUAGGUUUCCCACCUGUUCAAAUAAAAUAGAGAAUUUGAGCUCAGCCUAAAGGAGACAGCAGUGAAAGAACAAAGAACCUCAUCAUGACAGACCAGAGACUGCCCCCCCCUUUUUUUUUUUUUGUUUGUUUAAAAUGUUUUUUUUUUUUCAAGAUUUCUUGAGAUGUUAAUAUACCUGUCAGGGUUAUUUGUAGCAUCUUAUUUUUUAUAGACCACCGAAAUGUCUCCAUUUCAUCACUCACUUCUUAUAGUUUUAAUUUUGCAUUUGUUUUUUUUAUUUAAAUGAAUGUUUAUAAAUGUGAAAUAUCCACCAUUUUUUAAAAUCUUGCUACGUUUUAGUUUUAAAAAUACCAUUGAUAAUUUCUUUCAUUUUGUUUUUAAGCCAAGGCUUGGGGCCACCAGCUAUUUAUCAAUUUAACAUGAUAUUUGUAUGGGAACCAGGUGGUGCCGCCCUGGACAUGAAUGCUGUGCCCCCCAAACCUGCCAGGUGGAUCUCUGACAUGACAUGGCUGAACUUGGUCAAGCUUAGCGAUGUGCCACACUUUAGAAGCAUA